AUGGGCGUGGAGUCUGCUCGUCGAGCAGCGUCGUGGGGCGGCGUGCCUAUGAAGCAUAUCUCCUUGGUCACCCUCACAUUUCAGAACUCUGCCCUCAUACUCAUAAUGCACUACUCACGAAUAAUGCCACCUGUAGACGGCCACCGAUACUUCACCUCGACCGCCGUGUUCCUCAAUGAAGUCAUAAAGCUCGCACUCUCCCUCACAAUGGCCCUCUACGAGAUAUCGAGUACCCUACCCGCCUCAGCGCCAGCCUCCGCGCUGUUCAGCUCCCUCUCGACCGCGGUGUUUACGGGAGACAGCUGGAAGCUGGCGAUACCGGCAAUGCUGUAUACCCUUCAGAACUCCCUACAGUACGUUGCGGUCAGCAACCUGGAUGCAGCGACAUUCCAGGUCACAUAUCAGCUCAAAAUCUUGACGACGGCGCUGUUCAGCGUGAUGAUGCUAGGACGGAGCCUGUCACUGCGGAAAUGGCUGUCACUAUUACUGCUCAUGGUGGGCAUAGCAGUUGUGCAGAUACCGGCCGGAGGCGACGCCACAACCAUCGGAACACUCAAGGACGGGCAGCGGAGCUUCUACCUCCCUCGCUCGAUCGAGGAGCUUCGGGAUCUGGGCAGCAUCGCAGCACAACAGCUGAGCAAACGCUCCGCGACCUAUGAAGGCAUCGACGAAGACGUAGCCAUGCAAAACCCGCAGCUGAACGCGUCGAUAGGCCUGGUCGCCGUCAUCGCCGCCUGCAUCCUCUCCGGCCUCGCAGGCGUGUACUUCGAAAGGGUGCUCAAAGACGCGAACGCGACGGCCUCUCUCUGGGUGCGCAACGUGCAGUUGUCGUUCUACUCGCUUUUCCCGGCGCUGUUCCUGGGCGUCUUCUUCAAGGACGGCGAGCAGAUCGCGAAGACUGGCUUCUUCGUUGGUUACAAUUGGGUCGUAUGGACGGCGAUUACGUUCCAGGCGUUUGGCGGGGUUAUAGUAGCGCUGGUGGUUAACUAUGCGGAUAAUAUCGCGAAGAAUUUUGCUACUAGUAUUAGCAUUGUUAUUAGCUUGUUGGCGAGCGUGUUCUUCUUUGGUUUUGAGAUGUCUUCGAGUUAUCUUGCGGGAACGAGCGUCGUGCUGCUCGCAACAUAUCUCUACAGCAGCCAAGACCGCUUAAGGCCGCCGCCGAUCCGCAUCGCGGAGUACGAGAAGACGACCGUCGGUGGCGAUCCUUCGUACUUCGACCUCGAGCCUGCGCCAAGUGUGAAGGCGAGGACGCCGGGCCUGCGCGGCGAUGCGUUGACGACUUCGAGGCCGGGGACGCCGACGGUGGAACGCCACCAUCAUAGGGGAAACUCGGAGAGGAAGCAGUUUCCGAAGAGGGAUGAGUAG